AUGGAAAGAAGUGAACCCUCUUUAGUACCAGAAUGGUUGAGAAGUACAGGCAGUGUAUCUGGGGCUGGCAGUUCAGCCCACCACUCUGCAUCAUCUUCUUCUCCCUCAGAUGUCUCUUCAUUGGCCAAUCACACGAGAAAUAGGAGUUUUAAGGUCAUAAAUGAUUUUGAUUCCCCUCGCUCCACUUUUCUGGACCGGACAUCUUCAUCUAAUUCGCGUAGAAGUUCUAGCAAUGGGUCUGCAAAGCAUCCUUACAGUAGUUUUAGUAGAAGUCACCGCGAUAAAGAGCGAGAAAGGGACAAAGAGAGGUCAAGCUUUGGGGAUCAUUGGGACAGGGACUCUUCCGAUCCCUUGGGAGGCAUAUUAACCAGUAGGACUGAGAAGGACACCUUGCGGCGUUCCUAUUCAAUGGUAUCGAGGAAACAAGGCGAGCCAAUGCCGCGCAGAGUUGCCUCGGACUUAAAAAAUGGGAGUAGCAGCAAUCACACCAAUGGCAAUGGUUUGAUUUCUGGGGGAAGUUUUGGUAGUAGCAGUCAGAAGGCAGUGUUUGAAAAAGAUUUUCCCUCACUUGGAAGUGAAGAUAGGCAAGGAGUGCCUGAUAUAGCAAGAGUUUCAUCUCCUGGUUUAAGCUCAAGUGUUCAGAGCUUGCCUGUUGGUAGUGCUGCUUUGAUCGGUGGAGAGGGAUGGACAUCAGCUCUGGCAGAGGUGCCCACUAUUAUUGGAAACAGCAGUACAAGUUCUUCAUCUGCUGCACAGACUGUUGGUGCUUCUUCAUCUGGGACUUCAAGUGGAAUGGCUGGUCUCAAUAUGGCUGAAGCAUUGACUCAGGCUCCAUCAAGAACGCGCACUGCACCACAGUUGUUUGUCCAGACGCAGAGGCUUGAGGAGUUGGCUAUUAAGCAAUCAAGGCAAUUAAUACCUGUGACUCCCUCAAUGCCUAAGAAUUUAGUUCUCAGUUCAUCUGAUAAAUCAAAGCCUAAAACAGGAAUCAGACCUGGUGAAAUGAAUAUGGCUGCAAAGAGCUCACAACAGCAGUCGUCUUCAUUGCACCCUUCUAAUCAAUCUUCUGUAGGGGUACAUGUCAAAUGUGAUACACCAAAGACGUCUCAUGGGAAGCUAUUGGUUCUCAAACCAGGUUGGGAAAAUGGUGUCUCCUCUUCUCCAAAGGAUGUUGCUAGUCCAACAAAUACUUCCAGCAGAACCGCAAAUAGCCAACUUGCUGCUCCUUCAGUUCCAUCUGCACCUCUGAAGAGUCCAAAUAACCCAAAGCUUUCUUCAGGGGAGCGCAAGCCAACUAGCUUGAAUUUAAAUUCAGGAUUUGGUGGGGAAAAGAGAACCCAGAGCAGGCAUGAUUUCUUUAAUGACCUGAAGAAGAAAACUGCUAUGAACACUUCUUCGGUUGCAGAUUCAACAUCUGUUGUUUUGUCUCCCACCAGUGAGAAAUCUUGUGAAGUAAACAAAGAAGUUGUCAGUGCUCCUGCAAGUCCUCAGGCUAUUCAGAAUGGUGCUGAACUGACUAGCAAUGGUGGGACCUUAGAAGAGUUUCAAAGAUUUUCUGAGGAAGAGGCUGCGUUCCUUCGUUCUCUUGGCUGGGAGGAAAAUGCAGGGGAGGAUGAAGGACUCACAGAGGAAGAGAUUAAUGCCUUCUAUGAGGAGUAUUUUACCAAGAAGCAAUCUCUGAAAGUGUGCCGAGGUAUGCAGGAAAAGCUGAACGAAUGUCAUGCUGCGACUUCUGGUGGAGCUUCCUUUACAUUAAGCUCUUCUGAGUCUGGAUCAGAUGCCUAA